AUGCAGCCGGCACUCGUUUCCGUUGAUCCUGAUGAUGCGGAGCGCUUGAUACGAGAAUGUGAUUUCCCAGCGAUGCGACAAAACCCGCUACAUCUCAUAAUGUUCCCGCACUCAACCCCAGAAACAGAGGAGAAAGAAAUACAGUGGACUGUCGAAGGCUUACGAGAAACGCUUCAGACACGGUCGGCGGGUUUUCGCAAGGUAUGCUUGGCGGAUGGCACGCCUGUGGGGUUCGCUGGUUGGAGCUUGGAGCAAACCAUACCGGAGAAAAGUAUGGCUGGUGUGAAAUGCAUUUCAGAAAAGCGGACACAACCGAUUAAAUGCUCAGAGGACGGCUACUGGCAUCCCAGCACUCUUGAUGUGAAAUCUUGGGUUGAAGUCUCGAAGAUGUUUCGGCAAGAAAAGAGACGAGUACUCGCAAACCGCAAAAAUAUCUGGCGUCUCACUAUGAUAUCUGUUAAUCCCGCAUACCAAAGGCAGGGUAUAGGAUCUCUAUUACUGCAGUGGGGAACAGAGGAAGCAGACAGACAUGGUUGGGAUUCGUUCCUAAUAUCCUCGCCAGCAGCUAUUACGUUGUACACCAAAUUUGGAUUCCAGGUAGUGGGGGAAGUCCAUACGUCGAAAGGCACGUUCAAAAGUAUGUUUAGAGAGGCUCAAUGA